AUGUUCAACCCUCGACGUCAUCCAACUCAUCCCUUGAUCCUACUUAUAUUCUUAUUGAGGAUUCAAGCUUCACCUGGAGAUUACUCACCUGGUUAUCAACGUUGCGUGAAUGAAUGUAACUUUAGGCAAUGUUAUAUCGUCGAUUCAGAUCCUCAUCAACUACCUUUCUCACUUCGACUCUUUCAUUGGACUUGUCCUGAUGAUUGUUCUUAUAGAUGUAUGCAUGAUUUAACUGAAAAGGUUUUAAAGCUACCAAAAGCAAUCGCUCCUCCUGAUCAACCUUUCGAAGAUCUCAGUCCUUCCCUCUCUUCAAGACUUGCUCAGACUCUAGAAUCGAUGGCUACCACCACAACUACAGGAACGGUCCCACCUUACAUCAAUUCGCCUAUAGUUCCCUUGGUCUUUCUAGUAGGAGCCGGUUUACUUGAAUUGCUCGAUUUUCCCCCAGUACUCAAUAUGAGCCUAGAUGCACACGCUUUAUGGCAUUUAUCAACUAUUCCGUUGGGUUGGGCUUGGUGUGUAGGCGUAUUAGGACGAGAUGCAAAAUGGGAAUCACAAUUUGUUGAAGGAAUUCUUGAUGAUGAUUCAAAAGGAUCUGACAAGGUACAAGAAGGAGCUUCUGAUGAGAAUAGCGAGUCAUCGGACGAUGGGAAAUUGGUUUCUUAA